AUGGAUUCUUGGACAACACUACCUUCGACUACCUCUCGACCAUUGAAGACUACGAGACCUUCCAGGACCGUUUUAUCUUCGGAAAAGAAGAACAAAAACUGUGGGAAAAGGGAGAAAUAUUCGACAUCGAACAAUCGCCAGAGGAAGAAGACAUUACCGCCUUCCUACGACUCAGAUCCACACGAUACUGGAUCAUCCCAUACCGUACAACCAUUUUCGCGGUCAUCUCAAAAAAGAGCGGCCUCCCUGUUUGUUGGACUACCCGAAGAAAAGUCCACGACCAUCUCCAGGAAGAGGCCGAAGGGGAUGAAAACUUUACCCUUCCAUACGACGGAGCCUACGCAAAGUAUGUGCAGUGGAAGUACGAGCGGGAUUAUCGCGACGGAAGACGAUACGAAUUAUUCGAGGCUGUGGAACGACACUCCCUGGAGUACCAACUACCCCUUUAUGGGAAUACCAGGUUCGGGGAUAAAUUUCGGCAAAUCAUUUGCUGGAAUCACGUCGUCGCACGAGAAUUCGAACCUCCCUUCAAUUGAUAAUCUGGAACGAGUCAGUAGCACAGAAGUCGCGGAAUGGGAUAUAUGUAUCGAUAAUGCAGAAGACGAUAAUAUCCAAUCCACAGAAAGAGAGGACGAAGAGGUAGAAAAAAUCCUAGAGGGCCACAUACAGGAUUUUUUGAAGAAAUACGGUGAAGCAGAAAGAAGGGAAGCGUUGAUUGAAGAAAAAGAUACAGUCGCGGCGGAUAAAGCGGAGUUAGAAAUAUAUGUAGGAAUGAUUCAGGAUUAUAUGAAAAGAAGGGGAGGAAAUAGUGUAUUCUACAUAGGAGAGAAUUAUUACAAAGAGGUGGAGACUUACCCUCAGAUGUUGAAUCGCUUAGAUUCGAUAGGUGGUGAACGAAUACUAGAAGUGUUGGGCUUAAAAUUAGAGAUUGCGGGGCUAAGGGCUUUUCAUUUUGAAUUAGCUAAUAUGUAUGGAAAGCUAAUGAAGAAAAUAGCUAAGAAAGAAAAAAGCUUUCAAGUUAAAUUAGAUAUUUAA